UCCUGCCCAGCCGUCCUGGGAGGCUACUGAACGGCAGGAGACGCUCGAUGCUUUAUCCCCCUUCGGCUGCCGUAGCCAGAGCAAACACGUGGCCGACGGAGUUCAGAGGCGGCGCUACAAUGUAACUGAUGGAAGAAGAAGCGCUCGGUUACAAAGUAACUGAUUUCCGAAUCUUUGCUCUCGCUCUGGCGGUUGCAGCAGACAAGGAGCAUGGAGCGGAUGGGAAGCUCUGGAGUUUCCAAAUGGGACAUCCGAAACAAAAUCUGGGAUUAUAUGGAAGCCAAUAACCUGGCUGAUUUUCCAAGACCGGUCCACCAUCGGAUUCCCAAUUUCAAGGGAGCUUCUGUCGCCUCCGUGCGAAUUUCAACUUUGGGGGAAUUCCGGAGUGCCAGGACAGUCAAAGCCAACCCUGACUCUCCCCAGAAGGACAUCCGUUUUUUAACCCUGGAAGCCAGGAAAACCCUCUUGGUGCCUACACCACGUUUGCGCACUGGGCUGUUCAACAGAAUUGUGCCUCCUCCGGGAGCCACUAAGGAGACACUGAGAAAAUGUGCUACCUCCCAAGGUGUUAGAGAUUAUAGUGUCCCCAUAGGGCUAGACGCAAAAGUCCACGUGGAUCUGAUUGUGGUAGGAUCUGUGGCUGUCUCUGAGAAAGGCUGGCGGAUUGGGAAAGGAGAAGGCUUCGCAGACAUGGAAUACGCCAUGAUGGUUUCUAUGGGAGCAGUAGGGCCCAGGACAGCGGUCAUCACAGCAGUCCAUGAUUGUCAGGUAGUGGACAUUCCGGAAGAGCUUCUCGAUGACCACGAUCUAACUGUGGAUUACAUCCUGACCCCAACAAGGACCAUCAAGACAGAAUGCAAGCGGCCAAAACCUUGGGGAGUCAUGUGGAAUAAGAUCAGCCAGGAAACGCUGAAGAAAAUCCCAGUCCUCAAUAUUCUUCACGGCAGAGAGAAGCUGGAAGGCAAAGAUGUUCUCCUCAAAGAUCAACAGCCUGAUACUUUAACUGCUGAGAAGACACUGAGAGCAGCCAAGGAGAACUUUCCAGAAGGCAGCAGGUCGCAGGCGGAGACGACCAGCUUGGCCCAACCACGGCGAGAAGGAGAGGCUUUAUCCGAUGAAAGAGGCCCCCCCAGUGCUCCUGCCACUGUCUACGUGGGCAACAUCUCCUCUGGAACCAGGGUGAGUGACUUAAAGGAGGCCCUCAAAACGCACCACGUGACUCCAGCAAGGCUCUCCUGGAGAGGCGCACAACAUCAAGCGUUCCUCAGCUACAGAGACCAAUCCAAGGCUGAGGAGGCCAUUACAGCGUUGAAAGGCUUAUCCCUCCAAGGGCGUUUCUUGAGGGUUGAAUGGGCCAGGAACCAGCAGGGCAAAAUGGCCCCUGGACCCCGUUAAGGGAGAAGGACCUGCUGAAAGAGAGUUCAGUUUGACAGGAAAAUGGCAGCCAUCUGAGAUGUUGACCCUUUGCUGAGGUGGCCUACCGGAGAUGAGGAUGUGACAUAUCUGGAUGGUUCAGUUGUUUACCUGACAGCGAUUCCCUUGGGCUUUUGACGUUUUUCACACCCUUUGGGGAGGAGGUGUGGUGAAGCUGUAGAGCAGAUUAAUGCAAUGUCAGAAUCUUCUGGAUAGACUUGAAUUAACGUCUUUCAUAGGUGGUCAGGUUUGCUGGAGAAGGACAUGCAGCAAAAUGUCAAGAGCUGUGAUUGGCAUAUGUCUUCACACACACAUCACAAAGCAACCCUGAUUUGGUGUCUUGUUAUCUGUGGUCCAUAGAAGGUGAGAAGACACUAGACCUGGGAUUUGCAUCAAGAUUGAAGAUGUUAAUAUGCUCUACUGGAUUGCAGAAGGAAAGAUCCUCUUUGGUCUUUGGCUGGCCUCUCCUUUUGGCCAAGUGCUCGUUCCUUUGCAUAGCACAACUCUGAGUAAUGCCUAUCAUCUGUUGGGGUGGCCCUCUCCAUUGCGGAUCCUUCUUGUAUAACCUAGACUAGAGAAAGGCAAGUUCCACUGAGUUGAUAUUUAUCAAGCAAAGAGUUCUUUGUUUGCCCAAUAAAUAUUUGUAGCUCAGGGUUGAACUGUGGAGUCCUUGAUAAUCUCUGAGCUUGGUGCAAACAUUUCAUGACCAACUAAAUACCAUAUUAUUCUACAGUCUUCCUCUUCUUCUCCUCCCCCCUCCUCCUCCUCCUCCUCCUCUUCCUCCUCCUCUUCCUCUCCUCCUCCCCUCCUCCUCCUCUUCCUCUCCUCCUCCCCUCCUCC